AUGGCCCCUCCAAAUAAUAACACAUUCGGCACGUCCUCCAAUGGUAGCGCGACCACCAACACGGUUCCAAGCGUGAAAUAUAACCCUGCUCUUCUCCUCAAUCCAAAGGGCUUCUCUCCUGCCGCGGCUGCGCAGAAAGCCCAAUCGCGCACGAGUACUACUCCGACACCGUCUCUUGACUCACCCUCGUUCGAAUUCCAAUUCUCUACUCCCAGCGAUGUCUUCGAGAUUGCAGACUCCCCUGUUACCAGCCACCAUGGCUCAGGCGCAGACACGCCGCAGGGAAAUGGCUUUGGCGACAUGAUAGAACGAAUGAACAAUGUCCAGAAGCGCACGGCAGCUCCACAAUCAAAACGGAGGAAGCUAGAGACGGAAGGAGAUUCCCCCUCUGCCAAUGGCUUUCGCGGCGGCGGGAGUGGCGUGAUUGGGCAAUAUGUGAAGGAGAAGCGGGACCAGGCAGCUCAACAGUCGUCGGCACGAGGAGUCGAGACUGUUGACUUGACAGAUGGCAAUGGUGAGAUUGAAGUCAUAGAGAUCAAGGAAUCGAAAGAUGAAGAGAUCUGCUACGGCAUGAUACAAGGGGCAAGGCUCAACUGUCACACUGUCCCACGACCGAAGCCGGGGCAGUUCUCUCUUAACUCGGCCUACUACUGGCCAAUAGUCAAGAUCAUGCUGAAACGCAAUCGGGGUGAGCCGUCACUGACAAUAAACGCCAUGGACUACACGCGUAAUAUCGUCGGAACAGUUGACGCUACAACUUCCUCUGGGCUGGCAGCUCUGCUGGACUCAGACCUCCUGAAUCUACGAACAGACUGCAGAUUACCGACAAGGAAGAAGGAGCCGGGGGAACAGGCUGGCGAACCCACGUCGAUGAGCUAUUCGUUGGAUCUGAUGAUUUACGGACCACGGAAAAAAGCGAAAGCGGUAGGGAGGCAUUUGUCGCACAAGAACAUAUGGCUACGCAAUCCUCCUAGGGUGGACGCCGGCAUCAAGUUUGAGAACCCUCAAGCUUUGGAUAUGCCGCAACCACCCAGUAUCAUGAAAGAUCGAAACACGAUAUCGACAAGCUCGAUGCCAACCGUGAUGCGCACAGUGGAAGAGAUCCGCUUCGAGGUGAUGGGCGUGUUCGAUUCCCUGACGAAGAGUGAAGAUCUCCCAGAGAUGGAGCCAGGUCCGCUCGUGGUGACUGAGCUGCUGAAGCACCAGAAGCAGGGUCUGCACUUUAUGACAAACAAGGAGAAGCCUAGGCAGCUUUCCAUGAACGGCAAGGCCGCGGACUCUUUCUGGCAGAUGCGGAUAGGAAACAAUGGACAGCGGAUAUACCACAACGUGAUCACAGGGCAGGCGCAGCGCGAGCCGCCGCCCGAAACCUUUGGCGGCAUUCUGGCAGACAUGAUGGGUCUUGGAAAGACGUUGAGCAUUCUCUCACUUAUCGCGACCUCCAUGGACGAGGCCGUGGAAUGGUCUACACGGGUACCCGUCCAGCCUCAAGCUCCCCCACCGCCGAAGACACCCAGGUCCUUCAAUGCGCCGGCUCCUACUCCACUCGCUUUGACACAUUUGACGCACAACGGCAAGGCGACUUUGUUGGUAUGCCCCUUGAGCACAAUCACAAACUGGGAAGAGCAGAUCAAGGCCCAUAUCAAGCCAGGCGGUUUCACAUAUCAUAUUUACCACGGGUCGAACCGGAUCAAAGACGCGAAAAAGCUUGCUGAGUUUGAUCUCGUCAUUACCACUUACGGGUCAGUCGCGAGCGAGGUGACGGCGCGGCAUAAAGGAAGAGCAGGUUCAUACCCGCUUGAAGAGGUCGGCUGGUUCCGCGUGGUGCUGGACGAGGCGCACAUGAUAAGAGAGCAGUCUACGCUGCAGUUCAAGGCUAUUUGCCGACUUCAGGCGAAUCGCCGAUGGGCAGUCACUGGCACACCAGUACAGAACAAGCUGGACGAUCUUGCUGCACUCCUGGCCUUCCUCCGCCUGAAGCCAUUUGAUGAAAAAGGCAAGUUCACGCAGUUCAUCGUGUCCCCGUUCAAAGUCUGUGACCCGGAGAUUGUACCGAAGCUGCGCGUGCUUGUCGACAGCAUUACGCUCAGACGUCUCAAGGACAGGAUCAACCUCCCCCCACGAACAGAUCAGCUGGUGCGGCUCGACUUCUCGCCAGCAGAGCUGAAACUGUAUCAGUUGUUCGAGCAAAACGCCAACGAUAAGGUCCAGGUUCUUGCUGGUGGCCAGGAAAGGAUGAUUGGUGGCAAGGUGUACAUACAUAUCCUGCAGUCGAUCCUGCGCCUCCGACUGAUUGCUGCGCAUGGCAGAGAGCUGUUGAGCGAGGCCGAUCUAGAGUUGGUACAGGGGAUGAGCGCCGACUCUGCUAUUGAUCUCGACAGCGAUGAUGACGACGACAGGCCAGCACUAGCAGAGGCUCGGGCGUAUGAUGCUUUUGCCCUGAUGCAGGAGACCGGCAACGACAACUGUCAUUUGUGCCAGCGAAAGAUUGGCGGUUCUGAUGCGGCUGAGGUGGAGAACGAGCGCGAGGAAGACAUCAUGGGCUACAUCACGGCCUGCUUCCACCUCCUCUGUACGCGCUGUGUGUCCGCAUGGGACGAUGAGGUUGGCAACCGAGGCCAUGGCACAUGCCCAAUCUGCCAGCAGCAUGUGCGCCUGCAGUACAACGAGCUGCGCAAGUCGAAAGCCGAGGUCGAGCACGGAAACGGCAGCCGCGGGAGCAAGUCGUCCAAGUCAACCUCGGAUGCCAAGGUCAAGACCAUGUCGACAUACACGGGCCCACAUACCAAGACGCGGGCAUUGGUGGACGAUCUGCUCAAGACGAAAGCGCUGAGCGAGGCCAGCCCGGACGAGCCGCCCUUCAAGUCUGUCGUUUUCUCCGGCUGGACCACGCAUAUCGACCUGCUCCAAAUCGCUCUCGACGGCGCAGGCAUCCGCUACACUCGCCUAGACGGCAGCAUGUCACGGCUUGCGCGGACGGCAGCAAUGGACGCCUUCCGCGACGACCCGGACGUGCAUGUGAUUCUCGUGUCCAUCAUGGCCGGUGGUCUAGGCUUGAACCUGACGGCGGGCAAUCACGUGUAUGUCAUGGAGCCGCAAUACAACCCCGCUGCGGAAGCGCAGGCGGUGGACCGCGUGCAUCGCCUGGGACAGAAGCGGCCCGUCCGCACCGUGCGGUACAUUAUGCGCAACAGCAUCGAGGAGAAGAUGCUAGAACUGCAAGAAAAGAAGAUGAAGCUGGCCAGCUUGAGCAUGGACCGCAGCCGCGUCAUGGACAAGAGCGAAGCUGCGAAGCAGAAGCUCAUGGACUUGAGGAGCCUAUUCAAGUGA